UAGUAAUAUUUUGAAUAUCAGGCAAUGAUGUUCGUUAACUUCACCGGGGCAACAGCUGAAUCUCUAAAAUCAAAGUACCGUGAAGUUGCUACAUCCAACAAAGGUCAAGAUCUUGCCUUCCUUGUUGGUGAUGCUGAGAGCAGCCAAGGCGCUUUCCAGUACUUUGGACUUGAAGAAAGCCAAGUUCCACUCAUCAUCAUCCAAACUCCUGAUAGCAAGAAGUAUUUGAAAGCAAAUGUUGAGGUUGACCAGAUUGAAUCAUGGAUCAAGGACUUUAAGGACGGAAAAGUUGCCGCCCACAAAAAAUCUCAACCUAUUCCAGCUGAGAACAACGAACCAGUGAAGGUUGUUGUAGCCGAGAGCCUUGACGACAUAGUUUUCAAGUCUGGAAAGAAUGUUUUGAUUGAAUUCUACGCACCGUGGUGUGGACAUUGCCAAAAACUUGCUCCAAUCUUGGACGAAGUGGCUUUGUCAUUCCAGAACGACCCAAGUGUUAUCAUAGCAAAGCUAGACGCAACUGCAAAUGAUAUCUCAAGUGAUACCUUUGAUGUGAAAGGGUUCCCGACCAUCUACUUCAGAUCAGCAAGCGGAAACGUUAUAGUGUACGAAGGAGACAGGACAAAGGAAGACUUCAUAAACUUCGUUAAGAAGAACAGUGAGAAGAAGGCAGCUUCUCAUGGGGAAGAGUCUACCAAGACUGAGGAACCAAAGAAGACUACCGAGGAAGCAGCUGCAAAGGACGAACUGUAGAAGUCUUGAGUUUUUUUUUUGAAGUAGGAGCAUUUCUCUUCUUCUCCUCCCUAUCCAUCAGAAUCUUCUUUUUUCUUUUAUAGUUUCUUCUUUUUUGGCUAUCUUGUUCGAAACCCAAAUUCUCUGCCGUUAAUAAAAAAGUUCCGAUCAGAGGAACCUCCUA